UACAUUGUAAGACUGACAAAUCAACGAAAAGAACACAAUCUCCACAUAUAAUUUAAAUGAUUCAUUUAUACAAUGUCUCGCUUUGAUGAAUCUGUAAAUAUAUAUUCGCCCGACGGGCAUUUGUUGCAAGUCGAAUACGCUCAAGAGGCGGUGCGCAAAGGCUCCACAGUGGUGGGACUUCGGACCAAGGAAUGCGUUGUGCUGGGCGUGGAGAAGAGAGCCAUUGAUUCCCUGCAGAUCGAGCGUACGUCGCGUAAGAUUAAAAAAAUAGAUCAACAUAUGGCAAUGACCUUUGCGGGUCUCACGGCCGAUGCUCGCGUAUUGGUGAGUCGCGCCCAGGUCGAGGCCCAGAGCCACCGAUUGAACUUCGAUCGGCCAGCAUCUGUGGAGUAUAUUACACGAUAUCUGGCCAGACUGAAACAGACGUAUACGCAGAGCGUUGCACGACGUCCGUUUGGCGUCUCCUGUCUGAUAGGUGGCUUCGAUGAAGAUGGCAGGCCGCGUCUAUUCCAGACCGAUCCCUCGGGCAUCUACUACGAAUGGUCGGCCAAUACGACGGGCCGCCUGGGGCAAACGGUGAACGAGUACUUGGAGAAGAACACAGCUGUCAUUUCCAGGGCCCCUGACGCAGCCUCAGCCAUGAAGCACGUGGUGCGUGCCUUGUUCACGGCCACAUCGCUGGAUGCCAGCUUCUAUGAACUGGCUGUGCUCAGAUACCGGCAGCCAAUGGAGAUGGUCAAACCGGAAACGUUGGAAUAUCUGGUGGGGGUCAUUAAACAGGAGACUGUGGAGGAGGCGGUUAAGCAAAGGCGCCGUAACGCGCUUUGACGUGCAACUACGUGCAUAGUACUAUUUGGUUAUAUAUAUUUCGUCUGGCUAACCAGGUACAUUUGCACACUUAUUGAUUGUUUUUGCGUUUGAAACUUUAUAUACAUAUUAAAAUUUCGGAUAUAUUUGUGUAUAA